AUGAUGCCAACAGUGUCCCGUGCCGUGAUGAGCCUCGCGCUCCUGAGUAGUGUCACUCGGGGCAUUAAUGUUUACGUGACCAACAAGUGCGACGAGAGCAUGACAUUGGCCCAUGUCACGCCGAGUGGCGUCUCGACGGACCAAGUCUCUGCAGGGGGGUCCAUUACCAAGGUGAUGCCCAUCGGCACUGGCUCCCACGUAUUCAAGUCGGGCAUAGGCGCCCAAGCGACUCUGGCGGAGUUCUCGGCUCAAGGCGAAAAGUGUUGGCUCGACAUUAGUAUUAUACCCACUGGGGACAAGAAGGGCCCUGACUACUGUACGAGUCUCGUACAUUGCAAGGAGUAUACGGGCGGCGUCGGUUUCAACGUCCCGAUGCAGAUCACACCCCACAUGCAGGACGGCGAUCGCUGCAUUGAGCUCACGUGCUUGUUCGACGGAUGUGCUCAAGCGUACCAGUUCCCUCUGGACGACACAAAGACACACUCGUGUCCCUUGUCUACGGACUUUGACUUGACAUUCUGUCCUGGUGGCUCUGGAAAAGAGCCGAUGCCGCCUGCGGUAUCGCCUCCCGCACCGCCUCCGACAAAAAUGGCGCCGACGCUGGCACCGGUGGAAGCUCCAGCGCCCGCGCCAGCACCAGCACCAAUCGUGACGGAGCCAUUGUCAACGACAUCGAUACCGGUAGUGGUCCCGUCGCCUUCUACGACUCCGUCGACGGAGCAAACGGCUCCAGCUCCUGAUGCUGACGAAUCACCAGAUCAGGAGGAACAGAUUGAACAGGAGGAACAGGAGGAGAAGGAAAAGGAGGAAGAGAAGAAGGAGGACGAGAAGAAGGAGGACGAGAAGAAGGAGGAAGAAAAAGAAGGGCGCAACAGUGAGCAGGUGUCCAGGACUUUUGGUUCGAAGACUGUAGUCGAUGGUCACAAGUUGCGGAAAGUUGACAAUGAAAGCGUGCCACAGCACAAGUCUGGGAUGGAGGGAAGCUCUCAAGUGCACAAGCCGACGGCUGGCAAAACGGCCCAACAGCCGACGACGAACGACAAGACGCAGCAGAUUGGGGGGAAGACUCCACUUGUCGUUACGAAUGAAAAGGACGAGAACGUGCAGCAGGUGAAUAACAGGUCGGAGGAAAGCGGCACGAACCACACGCCGUAUGUCGUGUUGACCAUUGGCGGCUUUGUGGGUAUGGUAGCUGCUGCUGCGAUUGUGGUUGUGCGGAAGAAGAAGGCAGAGCUGGACGAACUUGAGACGAAGACUCCGCUUUCUUCAGGGGCUCAGGGCGUACUGGCUGGUUUCCGCACCCCUCGCGAUAACAUCAGCGUGCUGUGA